AUGAGUCAUACUGCUGAAAAGGAUAACUACGAGGAGCAUGGGAAAGAAGGCGCUGUAAAUAUCGAAAAUAAGAACGUUUCUGACUCGAUUUCUUCAGAUGAAGAAGUUGAAGAACUUUCAAGUUUCGAAAUAUCAGAUAACGGGGGUCAUUCUGAGGACCAAAAAGCAAGUGAUUUGGAUUCAAGUAUAAGUGAUAAAAAUGGUAAUACCAUUGAUGAGUCAAGGAAAGAAAAAACUGAGCCAUUUUCUCAUUUUGGUUCUAAUUCUGAGAUACCAAUGAUGUCAACACCCAAGAAAUCUAGGAUUCAUCAUCAUAUUUCUGAUAGAGACAAUCCUCCUGCCGAUAUUCCACAAAGCAUCAAAACAACAGAUUCAGCUAAAAGAUGUGCCACAUUGUCUAGUGAUACGUUUGAAACCCCAAAAACAGUAGAUACUCGCACUUCCACAAUGACAUCAAACACCCAUCUUGAUUAUAAUAAUAUGAAUAACGACCUUAAUUUCUCAGGAGCUGCAGUUAUCAGAGGAAAACAGUCUAAUGAUGUAGGUAAGCGAAAAUUUCUGAACAAAUCACCUCAGAAACGUUUGAGUAGGCAGAAUAACUACGAUACGUCCUUUGAUAUCAAAUCUGACUUCAAUCAAAGUCCGAUAGAAAAGUUUUUUGCUAAACUGAACAUUGAAGAAGAUGAAACACAGGAAGAGAAUGUCAACAACAUAGCAGCUGCAACAAAAGAAACGUUUGAUUUGCAGAAUCAGCUUACAAACUGCAAAGUCCAGAUCAAACUAUUAAAUGAUUUAUUAAGAGACAAGCUCUUCAACUCUUUAACUAACGGGGUGAAUAGGGACGAAAUGUCCGAAAAUUUUGAAAAACAUGUUUUGGACACUAUUGACUAUAGAUUCCACACUUCUAAUCUGAAUGAACUACCAACUGAUUAUGCGGCGAUUACAAGGGAAAACCAGUCCUUAAAGGAGAAGAAUGAAGAUUUACAACAGAACUUGGAAAUGCUAAGAGAACAGUUUUUGGAGCAGGCUCACAACCAGUUUGAUUGGCAGAAUAGAAUAAACAAGGUUAUAUCCAAGCUGAAUUAUAAUCAGCAAGUGGAGCCUUCUAAUAAAAUAAACAAUUUUGAAGAUAUAUUGAUGUCUCUUGAUGAUCAUAUUAAUAAAUUAAUAAGUACUCAAACUAAACCUGCUGCUGCAGAUUCUAUGGACCAUCUUAAUAAUCAAGAUACUCAAGUGCCCAAUAAUUUAUCUGAACACACUUCAAGGCAACCUGAUAUACUAGAAACUUCAGACAGUGUAUUACUUGAGCGCUUGAAUAAAUACAAAGAACAAUUGGAACAUUCAGAAUGUGAGAGGAAAAAAUUGCUGCAGUUUCAGAAAAAGCUACAUCUACAAGUUGAAAGGUUGCUUAUGAAUGAAUCAAAUUUGAAGCAGCAAGAGUCUGAACAUAAAAGGCUUUUAUCUGAUAUCGAAAGGAAAUACUCUACAUUGAGCCACCAAAACCUUGAGUUGCUUGAAAAUAACCGUAAUGAAAAAGCUGCUUUAAAUGAAAUUAUUAUAUGCUUGAAGAACUACCAUAUAGUCUUCAUCGAUUUGCUGAAAAAGGUAAUCGAUCCAACUUCCACUGGUAAAAUACAGUCUGCGUUGGACGCAUUAGUUGGACAGAAAGACUAUAAACAAGUGCUGAAGAUUUUAACAGUGACUCAGAAUUUUGAGAUUGAAUCUAUCUCAACAAUUCUCAAGAACUAUGAGGCGAUAGUGAAGGAAAAAUCCAACUUGAUAUCAAAUAACAGCGUAAUUCUUGACUUGAAAUCUCAGAAUAACAUAUUGAACAGAAAGCUUUUGGAGUUGGAAAAAGCUAGAGCUACUGAAACUUCACGAGUAAAAGAACUUGAAUCCCAAAACUCGAUACUUAAAGAUAGAAUGAGUGAGAAAAGUGAUAUCGUGUCUCAAUUGAAACAAUUGAGACUGGAUGACUUGAAUACAAAAUGGAAGACUGCAGAGGUGGCUCUCAGUCAAACAAAAAAAGGUGCGAUGAUGAAAAUACAUGAACUAGAACAAGAAAUCGAGGCUCUUAAAUCUCAUCUGAAGGAAUGA